AUGCACUCUCCGAUUCCGUCUCUCCUCCUCUUCUUCCUCCUCUGCUUCGCCCAUGGCACCAAAGACCUCGGCCACGUUCCUACCCUGGACCGUUGCCCCCGCGGAGGGUGCUCCCAUGGGCCGCCGGUCCACUUCCCGUUCUGGCUCGAAGGCAGCCAUGGUCCCGAGUGCGGCUACCCAGGCUUCAAACUGUUCUGCAACCAGGAUGGGCAGACUGCGCUCUCGGUCCCAAACGCCUCGCUAGUCGUCAAGGACAUCGACUACGUCUCCCAGUUCGUCGUCCUGCAUGACCCCAUCAAUUGCCUUCCCUUCCGGAUCUGGGACCUCCACCACCUUGGCUUCUACGCGUUCAAAUACCCGUACUCGUACGAGAAUUCCUACAACUACACCCUGUUCAAGUGCCCACCGCCAGACAGGAAUUACCUGACCGAGGUAGAUUGCCUAAGCGCGCCCGGGUCGUACAAAGUAUACGCCGUUAAAUCCUCCAGGUCUAUUGGAGACUUGCCGCUGGUGUACUGCGAGAAGAUCAGGAGCCUCAACUCACUGCCGAACGCGAUUGAGUACAUGAUCGCCGAUGCUCGUUUCGACUGGAAAGAGCCGGACUGUAGGAAUGCACGAAGGACGGGUGGUUGUGUGGAUGGGACGGGAGCAACAUCACAUGCAAUCCACCUCCUCGUGGACACCCCGGUAUCGUUUUAA